AGCGGACCGUUGGACGGAAUCAAAACCAUCCGAGCUUUCAGCCAAGCAAGUCGUGGCCAACUCUGCCCUGUCUGCCAGCUGACGCACGGAACGCACCGAGCAAGCGCCGGUUCAGUAACGCAGAGUGAGAUUCGAAUAAGAUAAGAGUGUCGCAAACAGAGUGUGGACGGUGAAGUGAACACAACACGCAGCUUCCUUCGACUGUUCUCGCGUUCGUGGUUUGUGCCGCGGUCUGACCAACAAGUGUGUCCUUUAAAGGAAAGUGCCUUUUUUGGUCGAAAUAUUCGAAAGCAAAACGCCAAGUGUCUUAAUAAUGGAGAAGCUGUUAUAAGCGAAUCUGUAACACCGCAAAACAUAUUGAAGUAUUACGAACAAAGAAAGAGAGGAAGAAAGAAUCUGUGUGUGAUUCUGUGUGUGAAGCAUGCGAAUAAUCGCAAUUGGAAAACAGUGACAUAUAACGCAAAAAAUACAGUGUUGUAUCACGGUUAGAAAAAUAAAAACGUUUCAACUACGUGCCUUUUUGCGUGGCGAAGCAGUGUGUGCGAUAGUGAAGUGUUAAAAAUUCGGAUUAGAAAAAAAAGAGAGAUACCCCACACAUCAAAAUGGUGACCGGAAUUGGAGCCACCGCGCAACAGGUCGCCGGAACGCCGGCCACCACCCAGAUACCACCGGCCGAGCCGGUCAAACGCUCCAGCGAUAAUCGUCGGAGCAACAAACCGAUCAUGGAAAAAAGGCGCCGUGCUCGUAUCAACAACUGUUUGAACGAGCUCAAAACGUUGAUCCUCGACGCAAUGAAAAAAGACCCCGCACGUCACUCAAAGUUGGAAAAGGCCGACAUCCUGGAGAUGACGGUGAAGCAUCUGGAGAACCUGCAACGGCAACAGAGCGCCAUGUCGCAGGCAACGGAUCCGAGCGUGAUGAACAAGUUCAAGGCCGGUUUCAACGAGUGCGCCCAGGAGGUCGGUCGCUUUCCGGAGAUCGAUCCGCACGUUAAGCGCCGCCUGCUGCAACAUCUCAGCAACUGCAUCAAUGGCGUUAACAAGUCCGAUCUUCCGAAGCGCCACCACCAGCAGCAGCAGCAGCAACAGCAACACAUUCUACCCUCCCCGCCAAGUUCGCCCGAACAGCACGGACACCCUCACCCGUACGGAUUGGCCGGUCAUCCAUCGCCGCUGAGCGCCAUCCAGGCCGGUAAUGGUAGUGUGUAUAUGGCCGGUUCGAGCGUUCAGCUUAUCCCGACCAAACUGCCGAAUGGUAGUAUUGCCUUCGUGCUGCCCCCUACCGCCGCCCAAACCCUCACCACCCAGGUGCCGCAACCACCCGUGCCGAUGUUGGUACCGAUCCCGAGCCGUACCGCUUCAACCGGAUCGGCCUCUUCCAGCCAUUCGGGUGCAUCCUCACUGUACGAUCGUGUCCCACGGGAACAUGCUACCUCGUCGCCGUACCAUGCACCACCCAGCCCGGCCAACUCGCACUACGAGCCGAUGGAGUGCCACUCGUCCGCCAGCGCGUACCACCUUCACCAGCACCAACAGUCCUCCUCCUCGUCGACGUCCUCGUCCUUCAGCAGUCCGGACAGUCCGCUGUCGCUCGUGAUGAAGAAACCCUACCACGAUGAUGACGAUGAUCACGAGAUGAAGCAGGAGGACGAUGGCAAACCGUGGCGCCCGUGGUAAUUCAACGUGCGAACGUGGAGCAUAAUUUUCCGGAGUCAUAUACACAACAGUACCUAAGGAUGAGCUUCAGAAGUGGUGGAAACGGUGGAAGAUGCUGUGCAGACUUCCAGUGCCUCUUCAUCGAUCCCAGCCGUAACAGCAAAAGGGGACGGACAUUAACACCCGGUCCGGUUCACACCCACGAACAGUCUUGUGCAAAGUGUCACUAGUCAUACGAUUUCCUUACCAGUUGGGAAAUUCAUGCAUCUUAGUGUGUGCUGCACGGACAUUAGUGACAUACCGGAACAAAAGUGCUCAUAUCAGUGUACCGACUCGUGUGUGUCCUUGUUUGUUUGUGUGUGUGUGUGAAUGGACCGGAAGUUGGUGAUGGUGGAACGGUGGAUGCAUAUUGUGUGAUGCUGUGAAUAACUAUUAAGAAGAGAACACUUUGCAGGGCAUUAGAGUUUAUAGCGAACAAGGAAAUGGAAAGUGAGCAAGUGUGAGGAUGUGAUGGAGUACGGUGUAGUGCCACCAGAAAGAUGCAAACAAGGGUUCAAAAGCUUUAUCGAAAUUCUGUCUGUUUACUAGUGGUGGUGAAUGUGUACGUUUGAUAGGACCUCCGCGCCAUAGCUCCUUUUUGCUUUAAUGAACAAUUUCCUCCGUUCAUCAUUUCGAAUGUGUGAUUUUGUAGAGCUUCGUGCACCGUUUUUAGUUUAGGAGUUUUAUUUUAUACACCUUUUUUUUUAAAUGCGAAACAAUUACCUCCCCGCUUUUCCGUGAGAUGCGACAAUUAAUCAGAAACGUCUUCCAAAAACGUGAUGGCCACAAGCACCACCCAACCGCAGCAAAAGGGCGAUAGUCUUCCAAAAAAAAAAAAUGCGACGUGUUUUUAUAAACCCUUAGCAAUCUGAGCGUUUUUGUGUACGUUUUGUGGUGCGUGUGCCUGAAUCAGUGGGAUCGUGCUAAAGAUGUCCGAAUUUUUCUCGGACGAAUACGAUCCCGAACAGUUAGUUGCACUUAAAAUUUUUAGUUAAAACUUUAAAUUAUUGCUUUUCAGAGGUUCUUAAGUUGGAGUUAAAAGUUCGUUUAGGAGUUUUCAUUUUCAAAAAAAAACAGGAGUGAUCAUCAGGCUAGGGAAACGCUGGCGUAUUAGCUUCUGGAAUUUUAACUAAUUUUUUUUUUGGCUUGAGCUUGAAAUGGUCAGAAGAGAAUGAGAGCAAAUCAUUAGAGAUAGAAACAGUAACCAAGCAAUUAUUGUGGCAAUGAGUGAAAAAGCAAGCAAUAAAUUAGAAGCAACAGAACGAAACAGAUCUAAGAAACGGUAACGUUUCAUGUAAAUUACGCGGCGAAGUAGAACUCUAGAGUAAGUUUAUUUUUGUACAUUAAUAUAAACCAUACACACCUAGCCAUUAGCUAGCUUAGCUUAAGUGUUAAGAAACAAUCCUAUGUAAAAAUAGUUUUUUUUAUAUAUACUAUAAAACCGUGAGAAAAUCCUAGCAAAUCGGGCCUGCUCCGAGAUGCGCAAAUGAGAUAUGAAAAUAUAAAACCGAAAAUCAUACAAUAUGAUAUGAUUUAACAAAACCUAA